CGUAUUCAUUCUAAGAAACUUGACGUUUCCUUUCUGUACACAGUAGCUAGCAACCGCGCACAUCUCGUGCGAUACAUCUCUUAUUGAAAUACUGUAAUUGUCAUUAUUCUCGUGCUAUUUAAAGAUGAAUACGGUUCUGUCGAGAGCUAACUCUUUGUUCGCUUUCUCCCUGAGCGUCAUGGCGGCCUUAACUUUUGGCUGUUUCGUCACGACAGCGUUCAAAGACAGAAGAGUUCCUGCUGACAUCCACGUCUCUAAAGUCAUGCUGAAGAAUGUUGAUGACUUCACAGGACCCAGGGAGCGCAGUGAUCUGGGUUUCCUCACCUUUGACCUCUCAGCCGAUUUGCAGCCAGUUUUUGACUGGAACGUUAAACAGCUGUUUCUCUAUCUGUCUGCUGAGUACAGCACAAAGAGCAAUUCUCUGAACCAGGUGGUUCUGUGGGAUAAGAUCAUCCUUCGAGGUGAAAACACCAAGCUGAACCUCAGAGACAUGAAGUCCAAAUACUUCUUCUUUGAUGACGGGAAUGGACUCAGGGCCAAUAAGAACAUCACGCUAACUUUGUCAUGGAACGUUGUUCCCAACGCUGGAAUCCUGCCUCUGGUGGCUGGAAGUGGACAAGUCAGCCUCCCUUUCCCAGAAGCAUAUGAGACCACCAAGACCUAUUAGACAGAAACACACACCCAGCCAGUUUCAACACACACACACACACACACACACAUACACACACACAUGUUUCUUCAUAGCCCUAACCCUAAAUUAAUUUUUGGUUUGUAAUAAAAGUUGAGAUUGGAAUAUCA